AUGGCGUCCAAUGUAACUGAAGAAGAGACAUUCCAAUGCUCGAAAUGCGUCGAAGUUUUGGAUUUGGCAUCGAGGACGUUGCCAUGUCUUCAUUCUUUCUGUGGGUCGUGCGUGAAGAUGAUUCUUGAAGGAAAUCGCUUGUGUCCCCAGUGCCUCCAGUCUGUGACAGGUGACGAGUUGCGACUGGCACCAUUUUUGGUUAGGUCUUUGAGGCGUCGUCACCUGGAAUCCCGCCAACUGAAUUGUGAUACGUGUUCGGAAGACGGCAAAGAAUUGACCGGCCAGAUUUGGUGCCAGGACUGUCAGAAACUCUUGUGCCAGACUUGCGAGGGAUUUCAUAAGAAAUUCCAAACCAGACACGAGACCAAAAUCUUGUCGGGCGUGUCGAGGGUGGAGGCCAUCCGGGUCAUCACAAUUGAUGACUGUCGACAGCACCGCCAAUCCAAGGACGCCUUUUGCGACCGGUGCAACGUGUGCAUGUGUGACGCGUGUUACGUGAAUCACGUGACUGCCUCACCUCAGUGUCCGUCUCGUCCGCUCUCGGUGAGGGAGGAGGCGUCGAAGGGGAAGGAGAAGGGAGGCCCCACCCUGGAGCGAGAACUCUGCCAGUUUGAAAUCAACAUCCGGGCAACGAACGAGCGAACGAGGCGAUCCAUUGACGAACUGUCAACGGAUUGCGAUACGGAAUGCUCCAAACUCUGGCAAGAUUUUGAGACAUUCAUUGAAGAGACACGGCUCAAGUUGGGAGAGCUGUGCGAAAAUAUGAGAGGGAUGGCGUCCGAACUGGAGAGAAAAUGGCGCCUCUCCCUCAAGGAGAGAGAAGAACUUUUGGGGAAGGUGAAAAUCUGGCGCCACACCUUGGGACAUUUGUUGAGUGACGACACCGACGAUGAGGACGUCGUUUGUGGAUUGAGGUUGGUGGGAGCUGAGCUUUCUGCGCGGCUCCACCAAUCGUUUGCUCCACCCGAUAAAGGACAUUGGUUUGUGACCUUUCCCAAAUGGUGUCACGAUUCCCUAGAGUCACUGAAGAAAGAAAUAAUCGACUGGACAUCCGGGCAUUUGCAAUUGGAAAGUGAAUGCCCUCUGCAAGGAUCGAACCCGUCGUUGAUUUCAUCGAUUGUCGCCAGCGACGAAGACAAUCACGUCUUUGUUGGCGAUUGGGACAGCGAAUCGAUUCUAGAAUUCAGAGAUUCUGGGGAAUUGGUCGGCCAAUUUCCCUUAACGGAUGGAGGAGAGGGAUUCCGCCCCUGGGACAUGUGUCGCCUCCCCGAAGACAUUUUGGUUGUUUGUUGUCCUUGGGGGUCGGGAACGAGGACCCACAAAAUGUCAACCCUCUUCCUCCCCUCACAACAAAAUGUCAGCUCCCCUUCCUCUCUUCCCCCAAAAUGA